GCAUGAUUUUCUAUGAAUAUGAAAUAUUAACUUACUAUAUGCUGGAUUUUGAAUGUUCAUAAUUCCUGGUGUAUUCGACGCCAUAAUGUUCUAAUACAGAUAAACUACAGAGUAUAAUAGUCUAACACGUAAUUUACUGAACUGGGUCAAUCAAUCGUAUGUUAUAUUUUCUGAAAAUGAAGUCUUGCUAAUAUUGGAAAAUAAAAGACAAAAAUGAAACAGCAACCCUUGUUGAAAAGUUAGUAUAGAGUACAGACCAAGUUUAAAAUCGUUUUGAAAGAAACCAAGAUGGCUUGUAUCAUAUGUAAAAUUGAGAAGCUCAGGAACGAAUAUCCAUCUCACAACGUUUCGAAAGACUGUGAUCAUCCAUCUCUUACUUGUCUAAGGUGUAUAGUGAAGUAUAUUGACGAGCAAGAACAGUGUCCACACCCUGAAUGUGGUCUAGUCAUCGGAAAUCAAUCUGAAACUAUGUUGCUAUUUAAAGCUAUCUUGUCGAAGCAGUUCAAAGAAUACGAGUCUGCAUACACACCACUGGUUGAUAUGGGUGGCAGUAAUCAGUAUAUCAACAUCACUGGUCUAACCGGCGAGUCCACCACUGUGUUAUUCUCCCCAUCGAUGACAGUUGACCAAUUGAAAAGCCAAAUACAAAUAAAAUUGAAACAUGAAAAAAUCAGACAGAAGCUUCUCUAUGAAGGAAAAGAAAUGAAUGUUUAUCAAACAAACGGUGGGAUGGCUACUCUUUCAGAAUAUGGAGUUAAGCCUAACUCUACUAUCUGCGUAGUUAUUUGUUUAUACAGCAUACCAGAACAUUUUGAUGAUGUUGUUUUCGACCUCUAUUGGGGAUAUCCAUACAACAGAACCGAUUACCUCGAUGCGUCAUGUCUUCUUUUUCAAGGCACAUUUUACAAAAGAGUAAUAGAUUACAGGGAUAUAAAUUAUGUUGCAGUAAGUCAUUCAGGAGACAUGAUGGACAAUAGGCGUCGGAUUGGACACCAUAAAAUCAAUGUUUCAUUGAAAAAAAUUCCAUCAAAUAUCACACAUCUGUUUUUCACAUUGAGUGCAUAUAAUUCUACAAAUAUCGCUCAGUAUCCAAAUCCAAGUUUGAAAUUUUAUGAUGCUUCAAAACCUGGAAAGGAUCUUUGCAAAACAACGUUCCAUCAUGCAAGAAACUCACAGGCCGUAAUCAUGUGUUCAGUGUCAAGGAACACCCAAGGUCACUGGGAAAUAUUUGAAUCUGGUCAACUUUCUGCUGGUAAUGCGAAGAAUUACGAACGACUGAUUCAUACCAUACAGCAAUUAAUUUCUAGAGGUGUAUAAAACACAAUUGAAGAUAAAUUAAAUCUGAUUUCGCAUGAAACAUUGAACCUAUCUUAGACAUUUUUGUUUUUCAAUUCAACUUAUUUGUUAAGUAAGCUGAAAAAAAACAAACGUUUAAAAACUAUCCUAAAAAUCGUUCUUUUAAACUUUCUUAGCCUAUAUAUUGAUAUGGUUUUAACAUUGGUUGAGAAAUCAGUGUUUCUUGUAUGUUU